AUGGACAUAUGGGGCCCAGCCCGCAUUAGUGGGCAGGACCACGAGCGGUACUUCCUACUGGUUGUUGACGACUACUCGCGUUACACCACGGUUUUCUCCUUGCGUACCAAUGGGGAGGUCCCUGAUGUUUUGAUCCUUUGGAUCUACGCUGCCUGUCUCCAGCCCCGCGAGCGGUUCGGGAUGGAGUUUCCCGUCCUGCGUCUGCACUUUGACAGAAGUGGGGAGUUUUCCUCCAACUUGCUGCAGAGCUUUUGUCGUGGGGAGGGCAUUCGCCAGACGUUCACGCUCCCGGCCUCUUUGCAGCAGAAUGGGGUUGCUGAGCGCCGCAUUGGCUUGUCUGCCGCACAUCAGCUCAACCUCUGGCCCCGUGUCUCCUUACCGGAGACCUCGCCCACACUUCGGUGGACGGGGGAGGUUGGCGAUGCGUCGGUGUUUCAGUUUUACCACCCCACCUCGCGCCGUGUCUUCCCCUCUCAGGACGUCACGUUCGACGAGUCGGUUCCCUUUUACCGUUUCUUCCCCUACCGCACUGCCCCUCUCCCCCCCCCGCCACUCUUCCUCGCACCAGGUGCUCCUCAGGUAGCCCCCCUCCCCGCUCCCGGUCCUGCUCCUUCAGGUGUGUCUCAGGUCGACCCUCCUCCCUUGACUGCGCUGGUUGAGGUUACUGGUGACUCAGGUUCUGCUGGGGGUGCUGAGCCUGGGGGUGGUCCUGCUUGGGGUGCUGCUUGUGGGGGUGCUGAGCUUGGGGGUGCGGAGCCUGGGGGUCCUGGGGGUGCUGAGUCUGGGGGUGCUGCGCAUGGGGGCGCUGCGGCGUCUGGUGAGCAGUCUCCCUGGAGUGGCCGUCUCCGUAGUCGCUCUGCUGGUGCCUCGCCACUGCACUCUCGUUGUCGUCUCCCUCUCUCCCCACAGCAGCUGCGUGAGUGGUACGUUAGCCGUCAGAGUCGCGCUGCUGGAGCUAGGGGCCCUGCUGAGGGAGGCGCUGGAGCUGGUGACUCUGCUACUGGAGUUGUUUCUGCUGGAGGUUCUAGAGCUGCUGCGGGUGCUGGCGCUGGAGGUUUUGGCGCUGUUGGAGGUGCUGGCGCUGGUGGCGCUGGAGUUGGAGGUUCUGGAGGUGCUGCGGGUGCUGGUGCUGGAGGUUUUGGAGCUGCUGGAGGUGCUGGCGCUGGAGGCGCUGGAGCUGGAGGUUCUGGACCUGCUGCGGGUGCUGGCGCUGGAGGUGCGACGCCUGAGGGUUCUGAGUCUGCUGUUGCGCGGUCUCCUUGGAGUAGCCGCCUUCGUCCGCAUGUGCCUCUUACCGUACAGCAGCUGCACGACUGGUACGGUCGCCGUCAGGGUUGCGCUUAUGCAGCUCGGGGCUCUGCCGCUGGAGGUACUUCUGCUGACUUCACUGGAGCUGGAGGUGGUGCUGGUCUCGGAGGUGCUCGUACUGGAGGUACUGGAGCUGCUGGGGCUGGAGGUGCUGCUGCUGGAGACACUGAGGUUGGAGACCCUGGGACUGGAGGUGCCGGUUCUGGAGGUGCUGCUGCUAGUGGAGUUGGUCCUAGAGGAGCUGGCGCUGAGGGUUCUGGAGCUGCUGGAGGUACUGGAGCUGCUGCUACUGGUGGCACUGUACAACCGCCCCUGUUUUUCACUCCACCGUCUCCGUCCUCUCAGCCACCGCCUGACUCUGUGCUUCACCAGGUUCUUAGUCUCCCUUCGUCUACUGGUCUUCCGUUACAGCCUGGCUCACCACUGCCUACUACUUCUCCUUACAGUGAGCAGACAGGGGGUCUUACUGAGCGUCGUGAGCCUGCGUCGCGUCCUGUCUCGCCUGUCCGUUGUGGUAGUUCCGGUCGUCGUGUUCCUCGUCUGCGUCAGCCGACUGUCCCCGGCACCCACCUCGUAGUCUAUCGUCCUUCCUCUCCUCCGCAGCGUGUUCCUCUGCCGUCUCCUCCUGUGUCUUCUCUGCCUGACGUUCUAGAGCCUGAGUCUGACCGCGCUCGUGCUGCUCACCCUACUGUCACGCGUCUACUAGCCACAGUUGUCACUGAUCCGUCGUUUAAGUCUCCUGCUGCGUCUGCCUUAGUCGCUGAGCUUGUUGACUUCGCUGUUGCCUGUCGUCUAGACUACGCCGCUACUCUUGUUGCUGAGUCUGAGUCUGUUUGUCCUCCGUCCGUCGGGGGUGAGUGUGCUCUUGGUACGGACGUCCUUGAGGACAGGCAGGAGGACUUUGAGUGUCUUGCAGCCGCUGCGCCUCAUCUUGUGGCCAUGCUACUUGCCCCUGAGAGAGACCCGGAUGCUCCUGACAUCCCGACCCCACGCUCUUACGCUGAGGCGAUCGCGGGUGAGUACUCCUCUCAGUGGCAGACAGCCAUGGAUGCAGAGAUGGUAUCCUGGAAGUCCACAGGCAUGUACGUCGACGAGGUUCCCCCUCCUAGGGCGAACAUCGUCGAUGGCAUGUGGAUUUUCAGGGUGAAGCGGCCGCCAGGUUCUCCGCCCGUCUUCAAGGCUCGUUACGUUGCUCGAGGCUUCAGUCAGCGAGAGGGAGUUGACUUCUUCCAGACCUUCUCUCCCAACUCGAAGAUGACCACUCUUCGGGUGCUGCUGCACGUUGCCGCUCAGCGUGACUACGAGCUUCACGCUCUUGACUUCAGCACACCUUUCUUAGAGGGCAGCCUGCACGAGGAGAUCUGGCUGCGCCGCCCGCCUGGCUUCACUGGGUUGUUCCCUCCUGGUACUUAG